UGUGGCCUUAUAAAUCUGCACUUCUUGCACAUACACCCAGAUUUAAAACGGGACAACUCAGACACUUUGAGCACAGUGUAAAUACAGGAUAACGUUGAUAACAAUGUCGAACUAUCACCUGAUCUAUUUUCCUCUUAGAGGACGUGGCCAAGCGUUAAGAUAUUUAUUUGCGGAUAAUGGAAUCGACUACAAAGAAGAGGAUUGUGGAAAGGACUGGGUCAAAACAUAUAAACCAAAAAUGCCAUUUGGUCAAUCGCCUUUAUUGAAAGAUGGCGACUUUGAAGUGGCCCAGUCGAACACCAUUAUGCGUCAUCUGGGGAGAAAACAUGGACUGUACCCGAGUGAUUUACAAGAGGCAGCCAAAGUUGAUAUGAUCACCGAUCACAUAGAGGACAUCAGAGGCCCGUAUGUUAGAAUGAUCUAUCAAAAUUAUGAAAAUGGAAAAGAUGACUAUGUGAAAAGUCUUCCCGAAAAACUGGGGUAUAUCGAGAACCUGUUCAAAAAGUGGGGGACUGAAUACAUUACAACGAAGAUAUCAUUUGCUGAUUAUAUUCUUUUUGAUCUACUCGACAUUCUUCUAAUAUUGUCCCCUACCUGCCUAGACGCAUUACCGACACUCAAAGCUUACUACGAUCGCAUGGCUUCACGACCUAACCUAAAGAAAUAUCGGGAAACAGAGGAAUUUAAGAAGAUGCCCGUCAAUGCAAACGGAAAACAGUAAAUAUACAGGAAAUGACGUCGUCCAAGACGGCAGUGAUAUUGAACAAUAACAGUUUUUCUGAAACAGCAUCAUUAACAAAGUGAACAUCUUAAUCAGUUGCUAGUGUGCACGUGAAAACUACUAUUUUAUUAACGUAUGCCCGUUUAUUGUUACAUGUUAUAAAAUUCCCAUGGUCUGCAGAAAGAAACUGAUUCCUGUUUUGAACAUAUUCUUAAGAUCAUUCAUUAAAUAAUCAUCUAUCAUUAAUUAUUUUAUGUUAAUAGUUACUUUUGCUAUAUUUUUGUCAAAAUCAUGCGAUGUUAAAGAUAUAUAAAGAAUGUUGCUGUUGAUGAUAUGCGUUAUAUUCAGUUACAUUUACCAAGUUUAUUAGUACAACAGUAAAUGCACGAAGAAACAUAAGCAAAUACAAAGUUUAAGACUG